AGCGUAAUUUAGCUUUUGGACGGUAAAACGUGCAGGGGACAAAAAUUUACUUUGGAAAAAGUAGGGAGGACAUGUCCCCCCACCAGAAAAAAACUAUGUUCAUGCUUGGGGGGUUGUAGAACCACAGAAGGUUACAUACAAAAUACGGUAAUUUCCCAUUUAGCAUGGUUUUCCUGCGCUGACACAUUACACCCUACAGCAUGUAGCUGUCUCUGGGCUUUUGCUAUAGUUGCCUGAAUUUCCCCCAGAGGUUUUUUUGAUAGAAAAAAAAAGAAAAUAAAAAGCAUAAAAAGAAAAUCUGCAACAAAAUUAUUUUUUCAUUCAAACCAAUGACUUCAAAGAGUCUCGUACAGAAAGUGUCUGCUGUGACUGAUUGUGACGUUGGCGAACACAACCUCCCCCCACCCCUGACACUUGUGGUUUUGCUCUAACUCAUAUAAACUGAGAUGUGAUACUGUGACAUUUCUGAGAAACACAGUUCAGUUACAUGAAGACAGGUGACUACAUGGUCUUCCCUGCAUUGGGAAAUGAUCAUAAUCUUUGGCACUUCACCUCACCUCAUGGAAACUUUUAGGCACUGGAGAUCACGAUAUGGAUAUGUGUUGUUAUUUCUCCUCGCAGCAAUCAGCAAAGGGUCAGCAUGUGGUGCUCUUUCCAGUCCUCAGUGCUUCAGAAGAAAUGAGGUAGCCUCUAUUUAUAUUUGUGAAUGGAGCUUCAACACAAACGAGAGCGAUGUGACGUUCACCCUUUACUUUACGGACAUUUUUGGUAUUGAGAAAAAAAUUGAGAACAUAAAGAAAAACCACAAGAACAUCAUCGAAGAAGAAGAAGACCUGACAGUCAGUGACAGAGUUGACAUCUGGGUGGAGGCUCACGUUGGAAAUGCUACAUGCACAUCACCCAAUGUGUCUGGUUUACUAAUAGACUCAGUUAAAUAUGAUGCUCCACAUAAUAUUUUAGCAUCCUGGUUAAGGAACAACCUCAGUUUGAGCUGGCAGGCUGCAGAGCGUUAUCCAGCUUUAGCAGAAGUCUGUUUUAAAAAACAUGGAAAUCUCCUGGAAUCAUGUGAAAAAAGAUUAAUAAAUACCACAAAUGAAGCUUCCAAGUAUAAUGUCGUCAUCGUGAAUCUUAUGAAGAGUUCGGCUUACCAAGUGCGAAUCAGACACCUCGCUACGAAAUACAAAGUACCACUUUGGAGCAACUGGUCGCCAUUUAUUACAGUUCCUGCAGCACUUGAUUGUAAACUUGAAGUCAAUCACACAAGCAGACUUUUAAAUGGCACUCGGCAGGUGACACUGACUUGGAAGCCGAUCCCACAUCAAGCAACACUCAGAGGAGUGACAUACAGUGUGACUGACACACACUCUUCUCAUGGAUGUCCUUGUAAGAGGAAAAAGAGCCAAACCAGCAGAGACAGCAACCAUCACACCCUGCAUGUGUCUUACUCGGCCGUCAACAUCACUGUUGUUGCCAGAAAUGAAGCGGGGAAGUCACCUGAAACAGUCCUCCAUGUACCAGCUGCUUCUGCAGCAGAUUUAAAAAUUUGUGACCAAACAUUACUGAAUGAAAAGCUAAAGAGGAGAACUUGUCUUGAGCUGUAUGAGCUUCAGGAUGCAGAUUUAAAUCCAGAAAGUGUCAUCGUAUUAACAGCUAGAAAACAGAAGAAAGGAGAGGGAAUAAAAAGCAGCAUGAAAAACUUUACACGCUACCUGUACUUUGAACACAGAUGUCACAAUGGCAAACCACGGACAGUUAAAGUGUGCCUCUUUUAUCUGAAAGAGGGUGCGCCCAAUAAGGAGCCACAGUACGACAAAACCAUUCCUAAAACACAUUCUGUGUACCUGUCCUGGAAGGAGAUUUCAUUUGAGCACCACCGAGGUUUCCUCACAAACUACAGCCUGUGCAGCAUGAAAAUCAGUCCGCAGAAAGAGCCCAAAGAGUGCUUCAACAUCUCAGCAUCAAUGACUGAACACCACCUGGAGAAUCUGACCCCAGGAGCCAAAUACAACAUCACUCUGGCUGGAGUGACCAGAGCAGGAGAAGGACUUCUAGCUGCACAAAUUAUAGAAACGUUACAAGAGAAGCCUGUUAACGUGUGGCUGAGUUUUGGGUUGCUCGUGGUGUUCUUCAUCUUCUCAGCAGUCUGCACCGUUAUCAUAAAGAGAAUCAAAGCUAAGAUCUUCCCUCCCAUACCGAGAUCAGUGAUACUAGAUUUCAUCCCCCGCUACCCAGAGAAGGAGAAACCUGAACAAGUUUUCUACUCGCAGCAGGAGAUGUGCGACACAAAAGAGGAGGUGCACGAACUUACACUGUACCAGCCUGGUUUAGAAGAAACCCCUGUCCUCGGCGUCCUGAAAGGGGAAUGGGACGACACUACUGAUGAGGACAUGGAAAAGGAGAGAAGUGACUCAGCAGGAUCCGAUGAUGAGUGCUUGAGUCUCGACUCAGCAGUUCAGACUCUGAGCAAGUCACAGAUGGCAGAACUUGAGCAGGCGGAGGCUGAACUCGCCAGGCUAAUAUACAGGAGCGGUUUGGUGUUCGAUGUGAAGUCAGAAUCUUCUUAAAUCAGCCUGACUGUUAAACAGCCUCGCAGCACAAAACUUUGACCUUCAGGUCAGUGUGUAGCAUGGAACAUUUGUUCUAUUUCGUCUAGUCUUA